AUGCAGACACCAGCGGAGUCCAUCCUCCACAGCGGCUACUUCCACCCAACACUAAGAUACUGGCAGACCUGUGCCACUGAUUUAAGACCUGACAAUCUCAUCUACCCCAUCUUCAUCACAGACAGUGCAGAUGCAGUGGAGCCCAUUGGCAGCCUGCCGGGUCAGGCCAGAUAUGGGGUGAACAAGCUGGAGGGAAUGUUGCGGCCGCUUGUGGAGAACGGUUUGAAGUGUGUGCUGAUUUUUGGUGUCCCUGCAAAAAUAGAAAAGGACGACAGAGGUUCCGGUGCCGACACAGACGACACGCCGGCUGUACUGGCAGUGAAGAAGAUCCGAUCUCUGUUCCCGGAGCUGCUGGUGGCGUGCGAUGUCUGCUUGUGUCCCUACACAUCACAUGGACACUGUGGUAUUCUGAACGAUGACGGUACUCUGAACAAUGACGCCAGCUGUCUGCGUUUGGCGGAAGUGGCGCUGGCCUAUGCCCGAGCUGGCUGUCACAUCAUCGCUCCCUCUGAUAUGAUGGAUGGAAGAGUCAGAGCCAUCAAACAAGCCCUGAUAUCCAAUGGUUUGGGGAACAAGGUUUCAGUGCUGAGCUACAGUGCAAAGUUUGCCUCUUGUUAUUAUGGACCUUUCAGAGAUGCUGCUCAGUCCAAACCUGCGUUUGGGGACAGACGCUGCUACCAGCUGCCUCCUGGAGCGAGAGGACUUGCCAUUCGGGCUGUGGAUCGAGAUGUGAGAGAAGGAGCUGAUAUGCUGAUGGUGAAACCAGGUCUGCCUUAUCUGGACAUCGUGAGAGAAGUCAAGGACAAGUUCCCCACUCACCCCCUGGCGGUGUACAACGUGUCGGGGGAGUUUGCCAUGAUGUGGCACGGAGCGCAGGCCGGAGCGUUUGACCUGCGAGCCGCUGUGAUGGAGGCCAUGACUGCAUUCCGCAGGGCAGGUGCUGACAUCAUCAUCACCUAUUACACACCGCAGCUGCUCACCUGGCUGAAGGAGUAAAGAGCCAAAUAUCUGAGGCCAAAGGAUGCACGGACCUAGAGACGGACCUAGAGACGGACCAACAGGCAGACCCCUUUAAAAAGUGCAAACCUGCUGUUGACUCAAUCUAUUAAGAAACCAGUUUAUUUUUAGACCUUUAUUUUUCUGUUCAGCUUUGAGAUAAUAUCAGGUCGAUAGCAGCACUUAUCAUUUUUAAAGAGUUCUUUAUCCAAGGUAUAUUUUUCUGUUGAAGCUUUAAAGGGCUAACAGGGAACUGAACACAGAAUGUAAAUGCUGACAAUCUCGUUAGUUGUCGUCAAGCAGAAAGUGUCUCCUGUGUGUCACUGGGAUCAGCAUUAAAUGAAGUUAGUCAUCUCUUUUUACUAAUGUGAUUAUGGUAUGUAUAUUUGUAUGAAUCGUGGCCAUAAAAAUGUCUCAUAUCUAUGUUACUGCUGCCUCGGCUUUAGCGCUGUUGUCCUCUAACAAGCUCUUAUUGACCAGAGGGAAUAAAACCAUUUAAUCAGA